CCACCUGAUGGAGGGUAUGGCUGGGUCUGUGUUGUCUGUGUGGCUCUCAUGAACGCUCAUACAUGGGGAGUUAAUAGUUCAUAUGGUGUGUUCCUAAGCCAUUACCUUUCUAAUAACUCCUUCCCAGGAGCGACCUCUCUUGACUAUGCCUUCAUUGGAGGCUUGUCCAUCUCAAUGGCCUUAAUCGUCUCGCCACUAGCAACUGUCAGCGCGCGAGUAUUUGGGACUCAGAUUACCCUCGGCUUCGGGAUUCUCCUUGAAUUUGCAGGGCUCCUGGGCGCAUCAUGGUCAAACCGGAUUUGGCAUCUCUUUCUUUCUCAAGGCCUUGCCUUCGGGUUCGGGAUGGGUUUUCUAUUUGUGGCCAGUGUCGGCAUUGUCCCUCAAUGGUUCUCCAAGAAACGAUCCUUUGCAAAUAGCAUAGCCGCAGGUGGAAGUGGAAUUGGUGGUAUGGUAUACUCACUUUCGACCAACGCAAUGAUUAAGUCCAUUGGCCUGGGCUGGGCCUUCCGUGUUCUGGCCAUCCUCGCAGUCGUGGUCAAUACAAUUUGCACCCUUUUGGUUCGAGACCGUAACAAGGCUAUCGGGUCAGUUCAGAUGGCCUUCGACGUCCGCUUAUUCAAGCGUGUGGAAUUCCUUUUCCUCCUUGGAUGGGGCUUCUUCUCUAUGCUGGGCUAUAUCGUUCUUCUUUUCUCACUCCCUAAUUACGCUAGAAGCAUUGGGUUAUCACCACAGCAAGGCUCGGUAAUUGGCGCACUGUUAAACUUGGGCCAAGGUAUUGGCCGACCAUUUGUAGGAUACUUCAGCGAUGCAGCAGGCCGGAUUAAUAUGGCAGGAUUCUGUACCUUCCUUGCAGGACUGUUCUGUCUCGUCAUCUGGAUUUUCGCAAAGAGCUAUGGCGUCUUGAUAUUCUUCGCUAUUAUCACUGGCACCGUGUCUGGGACAUUUUGGGCCACCGUCGCCCCGGUUGGAGCCGAAGUCGUUGGUAUUCAAGUAGUUCCCUCGGCACUAUCUAUCUGUUGGGUUAUCUUGGUCUUGCCCUGUACUUUUGCAGAGCCGAUUGCUUUAGAACUGCGCACCACUUCGGUGAACAUUUAUCGUCAUGCACAGCUCUUCACUGGAUUCAUGUAUAUUGGAGCAGCUAUAUGCAUGUGGUUUUUGCGAGUGUGGAAGAUCAACGAUAAUGAGAAGAAGGCGCAGGCAAAGGAGGAG